ACUAGAAGUACAGGGAGAAAGAAGAAAAAAGAAAAAAGAAAAAAGAAAAAAAUUUAUUUUAGGCGACUUCUUCUCUAGGGUUUCAUGGGAAAGAACGACCAUGAAUGAUCAAUGAUUAUUGCAAUUCCGUGCGUGUUGAUGAUCAAGUUAGAUCAAAAACCUUUGAAGGUUGAUACUGGGACGAGCUUGAAGCGAAUGGAAGGUAGUGUUGUAGUUUCUGUGGAUGAUUCAGAGAGAGAGAUGGAAAAUUGCAGAAACAGGUGUUGUGAAUUGGAAUUAAAGCUUCAGAAUAGGAACAAUGAAUUCGAAUUGCUUGAGGCUAAGUUUAGGGCAUUGGAAGCUGAGAAUAUUGCCACUGUCGAUGAGCUAUGGGUUUUGAAGAAAAGGAAUCUUGAACUUCGAGAUCAGAUAACUAGGGUUGAAAACGAUAGCAAAGUUUCUAGUGAAAGAAAUGGGGCAAUGGGAAAGAUAGUUGAUUUGACUGAGGAGAAUGAUGAAGAGAAGGUUGUUCAGUUGAUGAUUGAGAAUAAGGUUUUGGACUGUGAGAAGAAAAGGGCUGAAAGCGAAACUGAGGUUUGGAAAGUGAAAGGGAAAGAAUUGGAGUCACGAGUGCUAGAGUUGGAGAAGGAGAUUUCGGUAUUGAGAAAUGUGGGUUUGGGAUCACCAGAAGUGUUUGUAAAGAAAACCAGUGAAGAAAGUGAGGUAAAAGAUGGAAUCAGUUUUAGGACCAGUUUAGGGCAUUUGCAAGUGGAAGAGAAAGUGGUGGAUGGUGAGGGAACAAGGGUUGCAGGUAUUGAAGGCUCAUCUUGUUUCCCUCUUGAAGGAACUGGAGAACUGCACAUGACAGGCAUGUCCUUGGUCGAAACGCCAGGUAGGCAGUCCAUACAUGUUGAGGGAGGAAAUAGAAGUACCCUUAUGGAAACCGAAUUGUACAAUAAUCGCCGAGUUAGAAAGCAGUUGGCCUUUGGAGAAGAAGGGUGCUCCAACAAGAAGAUGGCUCCGUCAACGCCAGGUGGUUCAAGAUCUGCUUCUGUUCAUGUCAUUGAUAUAUGUGACAGCAAUGAUGAACCAGAUACUAUCAGUUCUGAUAUUCCUAAUCUUGAGAUUCAAGGGAACAAAGUGGUUUAUGUUCCAACUGAUUUUACAUUAGGAUGCAUCAAGGAUAAUGAAAAGAAAAUGGCUUCUAACAAUAGCAUAAAGAAGUCUCUUGUAUACCAGAGCAAUGAGGAAGAUAUGGGUGGUUACAAGGGGAAUUCUCUGUAUAUCAAAACUCCCAAACGAAAAAGAGCUCCCAAUAUUGUAAUUAGUGACAGUGAGAGUGAUGAUGAUAAUAUUCCAAUUUGUGAGAUCAGGAGGAAGCAUCUCCAGGAAUUAUAUCACGACCCAACAGAUUCUCAUUUGAAUAGCUGCUCAGUGACUGUGGCUGUAUCUGGGGACAAAGUCAGAGAAUCUGUCACUCCCAUGCCGCAAUGUGAAAUCAAAGGUGGUUCACAAAGAAAAUCUCGUAGGAUUGCGAAAUACAGUGAAACUAAAAAUCAUCCUAGCAUCCCUACUAAUGAGGAUGUUGAAGACGAUGAAAUGGAAGAGGAUGGAUCAGAGAGUGAGGGAGAAAGCUUGGGUGGAUUUAUCGUUGAUAGCUCUGACUGUUCUAAGUCUUCCGAUGUUGAUAAAGCUUCCUCUGAAUCGGAAGAUGUAUCUGAUGACAAUACAGACUUCAGUGAAAUUAUAUCUAGAAUUAGAAGGAACAGAGGUCAUAAAUCAAAUUGGGAGUUUGAGGCAGAUAUGCUUGCUGCAUUUGGUAAGGAUCCCGAACUGUGCAUGAAGGCCGUAUGUGCUCUCUAUCGGCAGCAAACUACUGAGGAAAGAUCCAGCAAGGGAACAAUAUACUCCAACCAGCGAGGGUUUAGCCAAUGUGAUGCACUCAGGGGCACUAAUAUUGCUGAGUUCCUUAUUGAUGGAGACCCGGAAGGCGAUCUAAAUAAAUCUGUGGAGGAGUUACAAGAGUAUAAUCACAAGGGCCUUGAACUCUGCAGAACACUGGCAACUCGCUACUCUAAGCAAUUGUUCUCAAUCUACAGCAACAAGGAGGAUCCCCUUUUUCUUCCCGACUGACAUGGCCUGCCUUAGAGGAUGGUAUUUGGAAUGUUAGAUGUUGUAUAUGUAUAUAUUGGGCAAAAGUAAUUAAAGGAUGGUAUCUUGAAUGUUAGAUGUUGUGUGUAUAUGUAUAUAUUGGGCAAAAGUAAUUAGAGGAUGGUAUUUUGAAUGUUUUCCAUGCUCUGCAACGUAUAUACUGAUUACUAACAUAGCAACAAUGAUAUAUAAAAUGCUUAUAUUUCUAA